CAAGCGCGGCAGAGGCGUAAGUUGCCCGUGAUGUUGCAGUGAGCCUGCGCAAGAGGGUAAGGUUGAAAGCUGCAGUUUAGCAGAGGCCAAAUUAAAGUAAGCACAAAGCAGCCACAAACUUAAUAUAGCAUCUAUCGCCCCUUAUGAGGCUCCCGUUUGUUCGACGCUAUCCGAUACCCAGCCAAAGACAGAGUGGUUGAGCAAAAAGCGUUGUGUUCCAGUUGGUGCCCAAGAUUUGAAGCGCUAGUUCGCAAAUCACCGCCUAUCUCCGCUCUAUCGCCUACCUCUGAAGGGGGAGUGCGUGGUGUGCGGAAGUCCUGAACGGGAUUCCAGCUUUGUUGUACAUAGUAAGGUGCUGGAAUUACUCCGGGCACUGAGUGUUUCAGCGGGAUUCGGGUGCAGAGAACGUAAACAUGGCGGAAUUCGAAAACACGACGCACUCCGAGGUGUCCAAGACCCUUCGGCUUCCCCUCCCCCACGUGGUGCGUGCAGCAGUUCCAGUGUGUGGGUAUGUUAAGCGCGGGGAGCACAAUGGUCAGUCGUGGAACACCUAUCCUUAAUCUGAGCGCGAGCCCGUGGUCGUCAUCCACUGUCCAAAGCCUGUAAGAAGGGUGAAGUGAUCACCACAAAGUUUCUACAAGAUUCACACUAUGCCACGAUCAAAGGAUAUUCCACAUGAGAUGAGGAAAAAAGUUAUUGAAAUAUAUCAGUCUGACAAGAGUUACAGAGUCAUUUCUGAGGCUGUGGGAGUCCACCGAAGCACAGUGAGAGCCAUUAUCGCCAAAUGGAAAAUACUUGGAACAGUAGUGAAUCGUCCCAGGAGUGGCCGACCUGCCAAAAUUUCUCCGGGAGCACAGCGACAACUCAUCCAGGAAGUCACAAAAGAUCCCAGAAGAACAUCCAAUGAACUGCAGGCCUCUCUAGCUUCACCUAAGCUCGUGGCAGAGACUCUGGACACCCCAGCUGGACCCACACAAGAAGUUUCUGAUGUGGAGAUGCAAACGGAUGACAGUGAGGAGGAUUUGAAACCCAUGGUCCUCAACCCUGCCCUUUCUUCAAAAGCCAGCAAUAAAACAGGAGUGGCUAUAGGGGAGGGCGAGGUGGAGAGCAAGGACAUUGCAGGACGCAUCUUGGAGCCACUAGUUGGUGACGCGGGAGCGGGCAGAGAGAAGGACAGCAGGGAAGAGAAGGACAGCAGGGCAGAGGAGGACAGCAGACCCACAGAGACAGAGAAGGACAGCAGACCCACAGAGACAGAGGAGGACAUUGCGGCGACUCCACUAGGGAGAGGGAGCAGACCCACAGAGACAGAGAAGGACAGCAGACCCACAGAGACAGAGAAGGACAGCAGACCCACAGAAACGGAGAAGGACAGCAGACCCACAGAAACGGAGAAGGACAGCAGACCCACAGAGACAGAGAAGGACAGCAGACCCACAGAGACGGAGAAGGACAGCAGACCCACAGAGACGGAGAAGGACAGCAGACCCACAGAGACGGAGAAGGACAGCAGACCCACAGAGACGGAGAAGGACAGCAGACCCACAGAGGCGGAGGAGGACAGCAGACCCACAGAGGCGAUGGACAGUGCCAGUCUCCCUGUGACCGCAUCCCUUGCCAUGCUACCCAGUGUGCCCUCUUCCUCAAAGGAGAUGGGCGGGGCUGCGGUAAAACGAGCAACCGAACCGAAGGAGAGACUUGGUGCAGGAGAGGAGUCGGAGCAGGUCCCCAUGGUCCAGGUCACGGAGGAAGAAUGCCAAAUGGACACUUUGCCCAGCAUGUCUCUGGACAACUCCAGCACGGAAAUUCAUGUGGAGAAGGACACAAAUGUGCAAACAGCGGCAGGCAAAGAUGCUCAGGCAAAGAGUCAGGAUAUGCAGAUCAACCAACAGAUGGACGGCAAGAAAGAUCAGGUCUCAGGCGAAGACACAGCUCUCAGAACCAGAGAGGCUGAGGAGCACUCUUUGGAUCGGGUGGAGGCCUGUGGUGUGUCCACAGGCAGUAUCAGGAUUGAUGUGGCUGGACCUUCGCUGGACAGACAGCCACCCUCUUCACCAUUACCUACAACCCUCCCCAUCCACAAUAGAACAAAACCACAGGAGACGGAGACAGAAGCAAGAGGGAAACCGGUAGACGAGCCCUGUCAGGAAGUUGAGAUGAGGGACUCGCAAACAGUGUCAGACUCCCCACCUGUGAAGAUUAAGGAUGAACCAGUGGACGAAGAGUAUGACCAUGCCCUUGUCCCCCAGAGUACCCCAGGGGGAAUCAAGGAUGAACCCGACACCACAGAGGAGUUUGGCCUGCAGCACAAGACCCCGGAGGAACUGAAGAUCAGCGCUGUGUUCUCUGUGGGAGGAAAUGCGGCACCAGGAGUCCCAGUUUCCAUUGCCCAGCCUGUGAAGGAGGCGGCUCCCCCUAAGAUGGUCAGUCUGACCACGCCUCCGGCCCCUAACCCCGCCCCUAACCUCGCCCCUAACCUCGCCCCAGCGCCCCCUCUGACCUCGGUGCGGGUGUCCUGCUCGGGCUGUAAGAAGGUCCUUCUGAAGGGGCAGACGGCCUACCAGCGCAAAGGCUCCUCUCAGCUCUUCUGCUCCACCAUCUGCCUCACAAGCUACACUCUGCCCACCAUAAAGUCCGUGCUGAAGAAGACCUGCCACUACUGCCUGAAGGACAUUGAGAACCCAAAGGAUGUGAUCAUCGCUCCUGUGGACAUGGCUGGGACAGUCAAGGACUUCUGCAGCCAGUCCUGCCUGUCCUCCUUUGACUUUAAGAGGAAGACGGCCGUCUCCACGCUGUCCUCCGAGGGCGUGACCAUCAAGUGCAGCGUGUGCAACAAUAUGGCCGUCAUUCGGCAUGAGGUUAACUACCAGGGAACGGUGCACAAGCUGUGCAGUGACUCCUGCUUCACCCGCUUCCGAUUCUCCAACAACCUGACCAUGAAUUGCUGUGAGAACUGCGGGGGUUACUGCUACAGCGGGAACGGCCACUGCCACGUGCUGCAGAUAGAGGGCGCCAACAAGAAGCUGUGCAGCCCCAGUUGCGUCACCGCUUACAAAAUGAAGAGUGUUAAGGUGACUCCCUGCGCGAUAUGUCGCACGCUGCGCUCCUCGGCUGAGAUGGUGGAGCACGUCACCUCCUACGGCAAGACGGAGCUCUUCUGCAACUCCAGCUGUGUGACUGCUCACAAAGUGCAGUCUGCCAGCACCUCAGCUCGUCCCGCACACCAUUCACAUCGUCUGCCUGGCGUGUGUGUCAAUGCAGGCACGGUGUUGCCGUGCAACCAGUGCAAAGUUUCAGCGGUGCCGCAGUACCACCUGGCCAUGUCCGACGGGUCCAUGCGCAACUUCUGCUCCUACGGCUGCGUCAUCAACUUCCAGCAGACAGCGUUCAACAAGGCUUCCACUCAGAGCCCUCUCAGUGUCGUCCCCUCGUCUGUCCUGGCCACCACCACGACUCUGCCCCAACCCGUGGUCACCAGCGCUGCCACCUCCGACUCUGCUCCACCUGCCCCUGCUCCAUCACAGCCCGUCGUGAGGGGGCAAAUCCGGCUCUCCUGCAAGCACUGCUACCGCCUCUUUGCCUCCAAACCUGAGCUUUUUGAGUUCAAGGGUCAGAUGGUUCAGUUCUGUGGGAAGACGUGCUCUGAAGAGUUUAAGAAGGUCAACAUCGUCAUGGCUCGCUGCGAGUACUGCAAGAUCGACAAGGUGGUCAAAGAGGUCAAAAAGAUCAACAAGCUGGACUGCUCUUUCUGCAGUGAAGGCUGUAAACUGCUCUACAAACACGACCUGGCCAAGCGCUGGGGGAAUCACUGCCGGACCUGCGCCUACUGCAGCAACACGUCCCAGCGGGUCAUCCAGAGCCAGUUCGGCAGCAAGCUGGAGGAGUUCUGCAGCGACGAGUGCAUGUCCCACCACACCGUGCUCUUCCUCCAGAUGUCGAAGUGUGACGCGUGCAAGCGGCAGGGGAAGCUGAUCGAGUCGCUCAAGUGGCUGGGGGAGAUGAAGCACUUCUGCAACCUCCACUGCCUGCUGCAGUUCUGCAGCCAGCAGGGCACCGGCACCCCGCGGGCCAGAGCCACGCCCGUCGCCACGGCGCCCCAGGGCACCGCCACGCAAGCACCUGUCGCUAUUGCCCCUGCCCUGCCUCCUACAGCCAGCCUGGAGAUCCCAGCCCCCUCUAAUCUCGCAUCCAAGGAGGCCACGCCCGUCAUCGCCAACGUCGUCUCGCUCGCCAGCGCCCCCACUGGGCAGCCCAUGGUCUACGCCAACACUGCCCUUCAAGGAGCUGUUCCCGUGACUCCUGCGAAGGUCAUUGAACAUGCCAGCACGCAGACGGACGCCCUGAAGCUGCCCCCGGCCCCGCCCGUCCGAGUGCUGAAGAACAAGGCUCUGCUCUGCAAACCCAUGAGUCAGAACAAGGGCACCAUCUGCAAGCCUCACACACAGAGCACAGAGACACAGACCGACGAGAACUUCCCGAGAGUCAUCGUGCUGCCCGUUCCUGUGCCCGUCUUCAUCCCCGUGCCCCUGCACAUGUACACCCAGUACACCCCGUCUGCGUUGGGCCUGCCCGUCCCGGUCCCGGUGCCCAUGUUCCUGCCCACCACGCUGGACAGCGCCGAGCGCAUCGUGGAGACCAUCCAGGAAAUCAAGAACAAAAUCCCCUCCAACCCCUACGAGGCCGACCUCAUCCUCAUGGCCGACCUGCUGGCGGAGGAGGACGAGGAGAAGGAGAAGCCCCUCUCUCACGGAGAUCAGGGCAGCUCCUACAGUGGAGACCUGGAGUCAGAGGCCGUGUCCACGCCUCACAGCUGGGAGGAUGAACUCGCCACCACUGCCCACAAACACGGCCGCGCUCCUGACCAGGACGGGGCCCCCACACCUGCCACACCCUCACCCCCAUCCCAGCUGGACCUGGAGGCCGACUUCCCCUUUGAGUCCUCGGACCAUUCGACAGCCCCGGCAGAGGACAGCGAGGCGUCGCCUUUGAAACCUCGUGUUCGAAGGAGGGCUCGAGAUGGCUUCCCACCGAGGAAGAGGGGUCGAAAGCGGUCCAGUCCAGCGGCAGCAACAGCAGCAGCAGCAGCAGCGGCAGGCCAGCCGCGCGAUGCUCCGCCCCCUGCUGGCGGUUUGAGGCUGCACCACCAGUACGGGGUCAAUGCCUGGAAAACCUGGGUCCAGUGGAGGAGCACGCAGCCUGACGUGGAGAAGCCCCGAUUCGGCGCGCGGCCCAUGGUGCUGAAGGAGGACCUGCUGCAGUGCAGCACGGCGGAGCUCAGCUACGGUCUGUGCCGCUUCAUCGGCGAGGUGCGCCGGCCCAACGGCGAGCCCUACACCCCGGACAGCAUCUUCUACCUCUGCCUGGGCAUCCAGCAGCACCUGUUUGAGAACGGGCGGCUGGAGAACAUUUUCACUGACCUGUUCUACGGCAAAUUCACCGCGGAGAUCACCAGACUCCUCAAGGACUGGAAGCCCACUGUACUGCCCAGCGGUUACCUGUGUUCCCGUGUGGAGGAGGAGUACUUGUGGGAGUGUAAGCAGCUGGGGGCCUACUCCCCCAUCGUGCUGCUCAACACGCUGCUCUUCUUCAGUGCGAAGCUCUUCCGCAUGAAGACCGUCGCUCUGCAGCGCCGCCUCUCCUUUGCCCACGUGAUGCGGUGCACCAAGACCCGGAAGAACAACCGCAAAACCAGCUUCCUGCGCUUUUACCCCCCCGCGCCCAAGGAACCCACAAAUGCAGCUGAGAAGGCGGUGGUGCCUGCAAAGAGGAAAAAGGAGGAUGAGCCAGAAGACGAAGUGCUGGAGAUGCCAGAGAAUACAGAAAACCCCCUGCGCUGUCCCGUUAGACUUUAUGAGUUUUACCUUUCUAAGUGCUCAGAUUCUGUGAAACAGCGCACAGACCUGUUCUACCUGCAGCCAGAGCGCUCCUGUGUGCCCAAUAGCCCGUUGUGGUACUCCUCUGUACCGCUGGAGGACAGCACCAUGGAGACCAUGCUCACCCGUAUCCUCACCGUGCGGGAGGUGCACCUCGAAGUGGAGCCCUCGCAGAAGUCUGCCUCUGAUGCCGAGACCUCUGAGUGACAGGAGACAUUUAAAAAAAAAAAAAAAAAGAUGUGUGCUCUGCAUACAAGUAGAGAUGGGCAUUGACACGCAUUACAAAUAUUCAUUCAUGCACACACAAGCGUGUGCAUGCAGUCACAAAUUCUGACAUCAGUGGUAGUGGCGACCAAUGGAGAAACGGGUGCAUUUCUCCCAUCCCUGUCCUCCUGGACCAACGAAGAGUGGCACCAGUGGAUUGAGUUACCAUGGAAACCCCCACAGUUUAAUUAUUCAACGGCCAUUUUGUCCUGUGCGUCAAGUGACAUUAUGAGUGGCUUUUAUCUGAAUGGUUUAAAUAUGUGAUUGCUAUGAACUCAACUGCUCUUUUGUAAUGAGAAAUAAACCCAAUGACUUGUGGUCAAGCUCACACAUGCAGUCAAGUAUGUAUUGUUAGCAGGGUGAAUGUACAACCCUCCCAGACAUUGUUGUGCAGACUAGGCCUUUGUCCCAUUCUGAAUAAUUACAGGUUUUUGAAUGUAUAGAGGGUGUGGAUAUUGGUAGACUCAACCUUUUCCACCAGCUCCCUUAAAAACCAGAUUGUUUUGGGACAGACGUGGCUUGGACUUCACUAGAACACCAGUGUUUCAUUGAUUUCUGAAAUUUCUGGAGGCAAUCCUGAAGUACUGUGAACCAUUAAGUGCUGAUGUUCUGUUCAGGAAUUUUGCCACACAAGUUGGACAGAGUCCACUUUGUGGGAACGAUGGGACUACGGAUCUCCCCUGUAAAUGGGCGCACACAACACAUAGUGGAAAAAUAACCAGUUAUUCCUGUGUACAAAUAUGAUGUAUUGUGUCUUGAACCUUCAUGGUUCUCCACACCAGUGUAUGAGGACAGUUUUAACACUGAAGAUCCCUGUACUGGUGUAACGGCUGCAAAAUUGCAUGUCCUAUAGAUGUAUCCUCCUGAAUGGGAGUGUAUAUUUUCAGUGGGCGAUGGACGACAGUUGUGUGUCAUUCAUGUGGAGUGACAAGCCAAUGUAUAGUUUGCUGUGUAAAUCGGUCUCAUUUAGCCCGUAAUGGUGGGAAUUCAAAGGAAUACAUUACAGAUGCAUUUGUCCUUCUGGUGGAUUUGGUCAGGUGGGACUGAAACUUUUGUAUUAUGUUCUUUUUUACAUAAAAGUCAGUGCUGAAAAUC